AAUUGCAUGUGUUUGCAAGUUAAAAUAAUCGAGUAAAAGCGCUGUUUUCCGACGAGAUAAAAGUCUUAAAGUUAAUUAAUUUAAAUAUUCCCUUGUCAAUUGAUACGUGUACCUGCGACGUACGUUAACUGUCAGUGAAAAGGAAGAUGUGCAGGUGGUGAGGUUAAUUCCCGUGCGAUGUGAAGUGCGCGAGGUUAGUUUUCGCUCGUGGGAGAUUAUCCACGACGAUAAGGAUUAAAAAACGCCGCAAUUACACGUCGACAAACUCAAUUUCUUCGAUGUACGAGUCUGCGAGUAGCCACAAUCAUGAUUCUGUAUCCCCUAAUGUAAGGACACCACGUUUAACAGCUCAUUAGUGUGAUUCUCUGCAUGGACAUCUGUCAUCCUAUCUAUAAACAUGCUGUUAAUACUAGCUGCUUGUAAAGUAUUUUGUAUACUCAUCCUCUUACCGAUCCUACUGAUAAAAUGGAGAAAGUUUUAUUCGAAGAAGCGCGACAUGAGGCAACAGAAGGGAACAGUUGUUGGAAUCUUUCAUCCAUACUGCAACGCAGGCGGAGGAGGAGAAAGAGUGCUCUGGGCCGCAAUUCAAGCUAUACAGAAGAGAUAUGCCGAUGUACAUAUAGCUAUAUACACUGGCGAUCUCGCUGCUGAUCCCGAGCAAAUACUUAAGAGAACUGAAAAGACAUUCAACGUGAAGCUGCAGCCGAAUAUUGAAUUCGUCUAUUUGCACAGACGGAAAUGGGUGGAAGCUUCCAUGUAUCCUUAUUGCACGCUCCUGGGACAGAGUCUGGGAUCUAUCUGGUUGGGCAUCGAGGCAUUGAACAAUCUGCCACCAGACAUAUACAUCGACACAAUGGGCUACGCGUUCACGUAUCCCUUGUUCAAGUACAUCGGCGGCUGCCGAGUGGGAUCGUACACGCAUUACCCCACCAUUUCAACUGACAUGUUAAAAUACGUUUACAAAAGAGUCGUUGCGCACAACAAUCGAGUGAUUAUCGCGAGAAAUCCAUUUUUCUCGGCGGCGAAAGUGAUCUACUAUAAAUGGUUUGCACGGUUGUAUGGGCUGGUCGGUAGCUGCGCCGACACCGUGAUGGUGAACUCGUCGUGGACCGAGAACCACAUCAACUCUAUUUGGCAGUGCCCAUUAAGGACGCACCUAGUGUAUCCCCCGUGUAGCGUGGAACAUCUGACGGCGCUGCCGCUUCUCAGCGACGAGGAGAAAGGCGGCAACAUACGCAUAGUCGCGGUCGCGCAGUUCAGGCCGGAAAAGAAUCAUCCGCUUAUGUUGAGGACGAUGUUCGAGCUGAGAUCGAUCCUCAAAGAGCAAGUCUGGGAAAGAGUCAAAUUGAUCUGCAUCGGUUCUUGUCGAGACGCGGAGGAUGAGAUGCGCGUGAAAGAUAUGCAAGACUUGGCGAAACACUUGGCUCUGGACGAAAACGUCGAGUUCAAGCUGAACGUCCCGUAUCCCGAGCUCGUGUCGGAGAUGCAAAGGGGUAUGAUCGGCCUGCACACCAUGUGGAACGAGCAUUUUGGCAUCGGCAUCGUGGAGUGCAUGGCCGCGGGGUUGAUCAUGGUAGCUCAUGCUUCUGGUGGGCCCAAGGCGGACAUCAUAGAGACACAGGCGGGGAGUGUAACCGGUUUCUUAGCGGAGGAUGCUGAAGAGUAUGCCAAAGUACUGGCGCAUAUCGUGCACAUGCAACCGGACGAACGAAACGCCAUCAGAAUUGCCGCCAGAUCAUCCGUGGACCGUUUCUCGUGCCAACUCUUCGAGGGAGAAUUCCUACGGACGAUCGAGCCGUUUUUCCGAACGAAACAGGAGUAGCUUCGUUGCCUCGUAAUUUCUCUAAAA